CAGCACAAAUCCGAAAACACGCACGAUUAUUUCCAGCCUCGUGUUUACAGCUGACCAUAUGUUUCCAAUUUGCUCCUGACCUGUAUAGAGACCACCCGGUGACGAUGUAAUUACCCAGGCCAGGAUAUGCAACAGAUUGGAUCAUCACCCCGGGGUGUGUCCAUAAUAUGAUCACGUCAUAGAGUCAGUGAGGUUGCUACUCUUGCUUUUGUGGCAGGCCCGUGGUGCUGAUCCACGAUAAUGAAAGCCAUCCUCAACACCAUUCAAAAACUGCUGCUGUGUGAACAUAACCCCACUGACAUUUUCCUCUGAAUGUGUUGAUUCAGAAUGAAUGUCUGUAGAAGGAAACUAAUAUGUUUUAAACCCUACUUGUCUCUACCACAUUUUAGGCAUUAAGUCAUAAAGUUACAUGACUGGAGGGGAUUGAAAAUGAUUCUACCUUGUGUGUCUUUUUUGGCCCACGUUCUAUUUUAUAAGUCUGACGUGCACUUGCCCAAUUUUAAAAUGAAAGUAGACAUUUUACAAAAUUGAGUACAUGCUGUACAUAGAGUGUGAAUGCAGUCCUUUGUGUUUGUCAUCAUGCUUCUUAUUUCAGAAUGAUGCCUGGACGUCCUCAUUGGCCACCUUUUGCGGUGGUGUAUAAUAAUUGUCCAUCCAUCCGUUUUCUGUACCGACCAGUCUGCCAAAUUGGCAAAACAAAACAAGUCCAAUGGUGCAUACAGGAAUACAUUUAAUCCAAUCCAAAGAUUCCCGGCCAUUGUGCCGCAGCACAUCAAAGUGUGCCGUAAGAGAUGUUUACGUGUCUCUCGAGGAAAUUAUCCAAUUUCACUGACAGUAAUUGGUGCAAAAAUCACCUGUUGACAGGAUAACAUCUUUCAACCAAACAGGCCCAGAUUUAGCACUUUAAAUUGAGACGAGAUCCUUUUUUUCCAGUCUACCUACUGUAAAUACUGUUUGUGGCAUUUUCGUUUGGUGGUGUGCCAUGAGAUUUUUCUCACGUCAAAUAUGUGCCUUAGCGCAAUAAGGUUAGGAUUUCGGAAACACCGAUGUAAUCUAAUUCCUCUAAUAAACGACAACCGUCAUAAUAAACAUAACCCUUUCUGACAGUGUCAAUCUAAACUGAACAUUAUAGCUUUUGUAAAGUUAUAUUGUUUUGAUUACGUGUUGUUUUUAGAUGGUCAUAAUGGGGCAUGUGUGUGUGUGUGUGUGCGUGCGUGUUCGUGAGCAUGUGGUCAGCAUGUUGACCAGGGCCUACAGGGGGCCCCGGCUCAUUUUACCACGCUGUGCCUUCAGGGGGAGGACGGGGGAGAAAGGGGCGGCUUUGUAACAUGACCCUGGAUGAAAACCGUGUGCCUGAUCCGACUCCCAGCGCACAUGCUGGGUUGUGGCGAGGAGGCGCACGAUGAAUCCUCUGGUGCUCAUCGUGCUCACAUGCCUGCCCCUCGGCUCGGCGGUCUACAGCGGGCCCCUGCAAGCCGAGAUCUCUAACGGCACCUUCCAUCACUUCUACGUCCCGGACGGCGACUACGAGGACACGGAAGACCCGGAAAAGUGCCAGAUGGUCUUCAGAUUCUCGGACGGCUCCCCGUGUUCCGUGGCAGAGGAGGAGAGUGACGCGUUAGUGCGCGAGGAUCUGAUCCUCGCCCGGCUUCAAGCGGAGGACUCGGCGCGGCUUCUGGAGAGCAUCGGGCGAGCGGUGGCCAACGACCUGGACGGAGAGGACACGUACGGCCGCUUCCUCCUUAGGGAGAUAUCCCAGAUCGCUGAGGCUUUCUCCAGCGUGGACAAAUCUCUGGAGGAGCUGGAGGUGAAGUUCAAGCAGAGCCAAGAGAGCGAGCUGAGAGAGGAGCAACAGCUGAGCGGCUUUGUGCUCAAACAAGUGGGGGACGUCAGAGACAGCCUGAGGGACACUAAGGACAUCUCGGUGGGGCUGAGGGACAAACAGGAGCUGCUGUCGCUCAUCGUUCGCAGCCACGGGAGCAGACUGACUCGCCUUAAAACACAAUAUCUCAAUCCAGGAUUAUAGUCCAUUCAUAUGGGAACCGUCCGUCCGCAAAGCUCUUGGAGAUGUGUUAUUAAAUGGGACAGAAGACACAUAUGAGCCCAUUCCUCUGAGUCAAGAGGCAGGCUAAAGAAAUGGGAAAACUCUUUGCAUGGAGCUCCCUGAAUCAUUCAUUACUUUGUAUUGAGUUACAAAGUUACACAAUUUCUACAGGGUUUGCAAAAAUAAGGACAGCAUUAAGUAUUUCUACAAAAAAAGAAAACGGUGGCUUUAUUGCGUUACAAUUAAAAUAACAUACAAAUUACCAUUGAGAACAAUUUUUUUGUGUACUGAAAUUGCUGGCCUUGAACAUCUACACAUUAUUGUAUUCUAGUUUGUGCACUCAAGCACACCUUGCCACUGUUAUCAAUUCCUUGGCAUGCUUCUCUUACAAAUUUACAUAUCAACAGUGCGUGGUUUUCUUUAAUGUACUUUAUUUUUGACAACACCCCAAAAGAAGAAAUCCAUUGGGGUGAGAUUGUGUUGGCCAGUCAACUGGCCCUUCUCAACCCAUCCAUCUAUGGGGUGAUCAAGAAGAUAAAUAUAGGUCAUAAAUAACUCUGGAUACCCCUUAAAAAUGUACACCUACUGUUGCAGGCCCUGUAUAUUAAUUUCACAUUUUUAAACAAAAUGAUGUCCAUAUAGCUAAUAUUAAUGUGUGCUUGUUUUUAUACAAGAACUCUCAAAGCUAUAAAACCUAUAAUUUCCUAUUAUGUCUUUAUAGAAUGAAGUGGCAAACUUGAGUGUCCCAUCAAGUGGCCCUUUUUAAUUGCCAUCUGGGUUGCAUCACGACCUCCCGGAUCCAUCUGGAAGCAUUCUACUUUGACUAUAAAAUAUGUUUAUCCAAAGACAACCGCUAAUCUUUGGAGUCAAUUUGUAACAAUUAGGGUUUUGUUGAAAUUUUGUGGUGAUUUUUUUACGUACAUUUUUUUUAAAAAAACAAAGAAACUAAACAAAAGACAUAAAAUAAAUGGGAAACAUCUUCAAAAGGUCAAUUGUCUUCCUCUGCAGUGUUAUACAAUGUUUUGGUCAAAAUACAGGGUGUUGGGAAAGUAAUGUGCACCUAUAUUUUUAUUAACAGACAUGUUUCAAUAUAGAACAUAUGUACCUUUUGUAUUCUAUAUUAUAAUAUAGUGUAUCGGUUUAUAAACAUACAGAUGUACCUCCUGUAUUUCAAAUUGAAACAUGUCUGUGUUAAGGUUACACGUGCACAGUGACUUCCGGCACACCCUUUUUUUCCUGGGAAGCAUUACAAAUUGAAUUCCUGUGCUGAAACACAUCACACUCCUGCUAAUUGCUGGAAGUGGUUUUCUAUUUUCUGUCUCUGUGUUCUGUUGUUCCUGUCUGCAACAAGCGCCUACCAAUAAAUGUGCCAGAGAUAA